AUGAUUUUCGCAACUGUUGUUUCUGAGGGUUCGCCCAGUUUUCUCUCCUAUCCAUCGACGUCGAUUGAUUUUUUGCCGAUCUACUCACCACCGAUGAAACAUUCAAGACUGCCUGAAGCCUCUUCGAUGGGAACUCGAGAGACUCGGGAAGCUGGUUGUCAAACAGAGAAAGAUUCAUUUGACGAUCGUGCCUUAUUGCUCGCUUCUCAUCUCCUCAAAAUGUGCGAUGAUUUCGACGCAGAGUUCUUUGAACCACACCGAAAACAUUCAAAAAGACCGAAAAAAUCCGGACUUUCUCUUUUCUUCAACUUUUUCGUUUAU